ACGCAGCCCCUGACGGAUGCCGGGCUUGCAUUGUGAGGGCAUAUGGAGUGGGGACCGUCCCUGUGGUGGGAAUGUUGAACCACCAUCCCUGGGUACAUCCACAUCCUGCUGAAGCCUCCUUGGGCGCUCGCGAUGCCUUGGAUGCUUCAGCUAUGGCUGCCACACCCGGCAGCGAAGCCUUCUCAUCUGCCCCUUGUAGCUCCACAUCCGGUGCCAAAGUCGGGAAGACGUCUCUGAUCACGAGGUUCAUGUAUGACAGCUUCGACAACACCUACCAGGCAACCAUCGGGAUUGACUUCUUGUCAAAAACCAUGUACUUGGAAGACCGUACGGUUCGACUGCAGCUCUGGGACACUGCUGGGCAAGAGAGGUUCCGCAGCCUGAUCCCCAGCUACAUCCGAGACUCCACGGUGGCUGUGGUGGUAUAUGACAUUACUAAUCUCAACUCCUUCCAGCAGACUUCUAAAUGGAUUGAUGACGUCAGGACGGAGAGGGGCAGUGACGUGAUCAUCAUGCUUGUGGGUAACAAGACGGAUCUGGCUGAUAAGAGGCAGAUAACCAUCGAGGAAGGAGAACAGCGGGCCAAAGAACUGAGCGUCAUGUUCAUCGAGACCAGCGCGAAGACUGGCUACAACGUGAAGCAGCUCUUCCGACGUGUGGCGUCAGCUCUGCCCGGCAUGGAGAAUGUCCAGGAGAAGAGCAAAGAAGGGAUGAUUGACAUCAAGCUGGACAAGCCUCAGGAGCCCCCGGCCAGCGAGGGCGGCUGCUCCUGUUAAUGCACCGCCCACUCGGCUUCCUCAGCGCCACUCACUUGUUUUGCCUCCUAUAGCUUCCUAACGGGGUGGGAACUGAGUUUAUCAAGACUGGAGGAUCUUUCUUUUCUCUCUCUCUCUCUCUCUAGGAGUAGGGUGGGACAUGGGGAGGGAGGCUGGGCAUCAGGGACCACGUCACUCUUAACAGCUGUUACCUAAACAACUAUUUUUUGGUUUGGUUGUAAUAUAUUGUACUUUAUUAAGAUUGCCAAAAACUGUUAAAAUUUAAAAAAAAAAUUUAAAUCAUGUGUAUACAACUUUUUGCCAGAUUAGAAAAGUAGUCAUUUUUAUUUGAAAGAAGUGCUUUUUUGUUUGUUUGUUUUUGUAUAUUUGUAAACUUACAGAGAACCUCUCCACACACUUCUUCCUUCCUGUUCUCUUGGAACUGUGUGUCACCUCUAUUUUCCUCCUACCCCCGCCCCCCCCAGCCCAGAAAAUUAAAGCAAUUAACUGAACAGUAGUAAUUACAUUCUAGUUCUGGGUCACAUGGCCCAAACCAACCAAACCCGCACUCCACAGUCAAAUCCAACUUUAAUCUAACAAAACAGCCUCUGAGGGGGUAUUGUCGAGUUCUUCCCUGGCAGAGUGGGACACAUUGGCAGGCCCCUGAGAGGAGAUGAAGGCCCGUGGACUGUAGAUUCAGCAGCAGCUCCUUGGCUGCUUCCGCCUCUUCUCCUUCCCUGAAAAAAAUAACCAUAGAGCCAGAAAGCACAGGCAACAGUGUGUUCUCUGGGCUGACCCGGUGACAGACAGCAAGAAGUUACUGGAAGGAUGGGGUGCGCUUGGCAGCUGAGGGCUGAGGCAGUGUGUAAUCUACUGGCCCAACCAUUGACACACAUGGUUAGGCUGACUCGCCAACUCAAUGUGUGAUGCUGGGUGGCUCAGGGACACUGAAGCCUAGGGCACCUGCCAUCACUGCAACUACCAUUGAGGAAGUGAGAGGAGUCGGCCAUGACUCCGGACACUCCAUGUUGUCAGACCCUUGGAUACUAAUCUUGCCGAACGUUGUUCUGGAAAAGCUGAUUCCUUGAUGUGUCCUCACCUCUGGCGUGGUACGUUUGAAAUCUUUGUAUGAAUACCUUUGGGAGUGUUGGCAGCUGCACUGCACGCAUCUUGGAGUCACUGUGGGGUUUCCAGAAGGCUGCUGCCCCAGGGUACUGCAACUUGCCCCCCAGCAGGCUGUCCUUGCUAUUUCCACUCAUUCCCCAGACUGAAGACCUUCAGAGUCUCUUAGCAGAGUGCUCUUCUCAAAGCAGAAUAGCUCUUAUAUUCUAAACGCUCCCGGACUCACUGCCCCUGUCUGCCUUUGGGCAGGCCUGGGGCAGUGACUCUAAUCAGAGCAGCCUAGCCCCAUAGCAUUGGCUCUUCUUUCAGACUGCUGGUGGGCAGAGUGAAUUGCCUCCACAAGGCAGAACUCCAACAAGGAGGUUGGGAUGAAUUAUGGAAUCUCUCAAAGAAUGAGUUCAAAAUGGCAGCCUGUGUGGCAGGGCUGAUUCUGUGAGUGGGCCCGUCAUGCGACUCCAUCCUGGGAGACUGUGUCAAAGCCGGUUCUGAUGAUGAAGAGAGGAAGCAGGACCGCCCUGGGUACCUCCUCCAGAAGGCAAGGACCAAUGUACGAGCAUAAUCGAAACGUCACGUGUUUAGUUUUUAUAUGUGUGUACAUAAUUAUACAUAGAGAUAGACUUGUGUAUACACCCUUCGCGCGCACACAUACACACACUCACAUCCUCACAUAUACAUGUGCUCAGUGUAUAUCCUCGUCUCUCCCGCUCACAACUUGGAACUUACAUUGUGAUUCCGGUUUUUGGAAGUUCAAAAGUAUGCAGUGUAUUGAAAUAAGAAAUAACUCAAUAUUGUCAAAUAACUUGUGGUUGUCUUGCCUUCAAUAAAAUAGUGCAUAGAUGUGUUAAACUACAAGCAAAAGUAGUCCACAGAACUACCUUUACCACUGCUUUUUGUACCUGUGUGCACAGGUGUGCAUGCCGUCGUGGGCCAGUGUCCCCCACUGUGGACACCCCACCCAUGUGGUGCUUGUUGGAAGAAAGCAUACUUAGCCCGUGGUGACAGCAGCCUGGUUGGCAGUGAGGGGCUUUGCUGGUGGCCUCUGGCAGAGCCCCACUGACAGCACUCUCUACUGGCUUUCACUGAAUGAAUGUAGGGUGAAUUUUAACCUUCUGGACACUGAAUAACCUUUCUUGUAUUCCUGUAACUCGAAUUAGAAAAUCCGUUCACUUCUCUUGUGCACACAGUCUAAGACAUCAUGGCCUGCUACUAGAAACAGCAGGUACCAUGGCAGAUGCCAUUUCUGGUCGAUCUGGCCUAAGGAGCCCUGCCUUCCUAGCUUGUACACAAAACCCCCUCCUUGAGUUUAGACUCUCCCAGCCCUGCGGCCCCUGAGAAUUAGGGUUCUGCCCCAUUGCUCCCCCACUCCAGAGGUGCCCUGGCCUUAUUUCCUCAGCCAAGCUACCCAUCUCCUUCCCAAAAGGCAAUCAAGGCAGCCAGGCCCCAACAGAACUAACUGUAGUGGACCUGGGCUUUCCCCCUGACCGCCACCACCAUCCUACUUGUACGUAGGAUCCAAUCAGGUUCUCAUAAAGACAUCCUGAAAUUAUCUGUGCCCCCAUCUUUGCUAAAUUCAGAUCAGUCAGAGGACAAAAUGGAGGGUUCCUCUUAGGGCAUGAUCCCAAUGUCGUAAUUCAGUUCCUCUCUCUGGACACUGCCUGGCCUGGCAGAUGGGCAUGGCCCUCCUCCUUUUCUUUAAGAGACUUGAAAGAGAGUUGUCAGCAAAACUGUGAGCAGUGCAGAGAUUGUGAAAGGGCAGGUAGUGUAAGUAGUAUUGUUGUGGAGUCAGAGGUUAGAAUGCUGGGUGGUUAGAGCCUUGCUGCUGCCAGUCACUGCUCCCCGUUGCCAUCUUUAAACAUUUCGCAAUAUCUCAAGAUCCAGGAAGGCAUGGCCAUGUCAGUUCAAUGUCUCAGGCAACAAAGACAAGGGUUGCAAGGUGGUAGCUAGGAAUAUAGACGCCUGGGCCUAGUCUCUGUAACCCAGUGGCUAACCAGUGUCAGAGAUCUAAGCAGGGCUGGCUUCAGCCUCCUGUAGGCAGGGCAGUUUAUCCCUUUUCCAUAUGGAUGGGGGAGAGGCUGUCAGCAAAGUGGCUGAAGAGAGCUAAGUUAGAGCUACCCAAGAGCCAGCCAGCAGGAGUCUGUGUCAAAUGCUCAGGGCUCGAUGCUCACUAGUUUCUAAACUACCUCUCCCCCAAGAAUGGGAGGCACCAUCACCUUGCCACAGCACUGGGAGCCAAACCCUUCCUGUUUCACGGGUGGGAGAACCAGAACAGAAAAGGUCACCUGCAAGCCAGAGAGGAUCAGAACUAGUGUUGGCAUUCUUGAUCCGUUGCUGACCUUGCGGUGUCCAGACAGGACUGCUGUGCUAGCGUCCCUUAAGCCAUCUCUACUCCAUGGCUAGUACCUAAGGGUCUUCCCAGCCUGGCUAGCUAGAGAGAAGAUAGGUGCAUUUUGGGCUCUCACUGUAAAGAAGAGUGGUCCCCAAAUCUACUUGCAUUGUCUUGUGUACACACACACACACACACACACACACACCCCAGUAGUCAGGGUACCCUUUUAAUUUUUGUUUGAAAUCAACUUCUUCACUGUUUGGAAAUCUUGCAGUUUCAAUGUGCACACUCCUUGGACUCCAGACCCUGUCUGAUUGAUACUCUCUGCAGGGUAUAAUUAUCAGGAAAUCCACGCAGCGGGAGUUCAGAUGGGCCCUUCAGGAGGCAGGAAGCCUCCAUAGCAACGAAGGCCAGCCUGCCAUUGUGAUGUGUUGACUUCUCACCUCACCUGUCCUUUAAAGUGAGGAGCAGAGGGCGGCAUUUCUAUCUGUACUGGGCUCAGAAGGCACAGUGGCCAUAUUGACUUUACAUUCAACUGUGUAAUAUGUGGAAAAGACUCAGCAUGUUGGUCAAACAAUAAACUGUCCUAAUUCUCGACACAAA